AUGUCGUCCGAGAAAGAUAUCAGGAAGUCAUUAAGUCAGUUGGCUAAUGCCCCAACUCCUCAGAAUACUCCUGCCUCGGUAACAGGUUCCUAUAUGAAGAAUCAGCCUCCAACUAUUCCAUCCACAAUCAGUGAGGAAAAUGAGGAGCUUCAAAGAAAGUUGCUGGGAAACCCAGCUCUUUUGUCGAUGAUUCAAGGAAAGCUUGAUACCCUUGUAGGUAAAAGCUCAGGCUACGUUGACAAGCUUCCAAAAUCUGUAAAGCAACGCGUUGCCGGACUGAAGGCUAUUCAACAAAAGCAAUUCAAGAUCGAAGCCGAAUUUCAAAGUGAGAUCUUGGAGUUAGAGAAAAAGUUCUAUGGUAAGUAUGCUCCUCUGUAUGAGAAGAGACAGAAAAUCAUUAGUGGAGAAGUGCAGCCAACCUCCGAUGAAAUUGAAGAGGGUAAACAAUUACUGGAAUCUUCCACUGAUAAGAUUGAGGAAAUCUCAGAAGUAGAUGAAGAUGAGGCCGCAGAAGAGGAGAUCGAUAUCAACAUCCGUGGUAUUCCAAGUUUCUGGCUUACCGCUCUAGAGAAUAUUCCACCCAUAGCCGAUAGUAUCACUGAUCGUGAUGUGGAAGUUCUUUCCAAGUUGAGUAACAUUAAAUUGGAGUACCUUGAUGUUCCAGGUUUCAAACUUUUGUUCGAAUUCGAAUCCAAUGACUUCUUUGAAAACCAAGUUUUGACCAAGACAUAUUACUACCAAAAGGAGCUAGGAUAUUCUGGUGACUUUAUUUAUGACCAUGCCGAGGGUUCCACCAUCAAAUGGAAGGACAACGACCAUAACGUGACCAUAACCGUGGAAAGAAGAAAACAAAGAAAUAAACACACAAAGCAAGUCAGAACCAUUGAGAAGCUUACACCUAUAGAUUCAUUUUUCAACUUUUUUGACCCUCCAAGGCCUCCAAAAUCUGAAGAAACUGUGAGUGAGGUAACUAAAGAUGAAGGAGCAGCUGAUGUUGAAGAUAGUGGAAACGAUGAUGGAUUCGAAGAUGUAGAUGAGGAAUUAGAGCAAAGACUGGCCUUGGACUACCAAUUGGGUGAGUUAAUCAAAGACAAGUUGAUCCCAAGAGCCAUCGAUUGGUUUACCGGUGAUGCCUUACAGUACGAGUAUGCAGACGACGAUGAAUUGGACGACGAAGAGUUCGAAGAAGAGGAGGGAGAUGAAGAAGAUGAAGAUGACGAUUCUGAAAACGAUGAUGACGAUGAAUCCCAGCCCAAAUCCCAGCCUCCAGAGUGCAAGCAAAGUUGA